AUGGGUCUCGUCGACGGUCACAACGUCGCCCGCAUCGACUCCAAGGCGGCCGCAGCCAUCGCCUCCAACGUCGAGGACUACGAUGCUCUCGUUCACGAUGCCGCAGAGGCUACACACGCCCAGGAAAAGAUGAGCUUGGGCAAGGCCAUCAGGACCUACCCCAACGCCAUCUUCUUCUCGGUCAUCCUCUCGCUCGCCGUCGUCAUGGAGGGUUACGACACGCUGCUCCUCGGUAACUUUUUCGCUAUGCCCGCCUUUGCUAAAAGGUACGGUCACUGCAACGCCGCUGGCAAGUGCGAGAUUCCUGCUCCGUGGCAAUCCGGUCUCACCAAUGGUUCCCAGGUCGGUUCCAUCAUCGGUCUUCAGCUGACCGGUAUCGCUUCCGAGCGCUUCGGCUACCGCAAGACCAUCCUCAUCGCCCUCAUCUUCAUGACCGGUUUCAUCUUCAUCCCCUUCUUUGCUCCCAACUUGACUGUUCUCCUCAUCGGCCAGAUUCUCCAAGGUCUUCCUUGGGGUGUCUUCCAGACCCUCACCACCUCUUACGCCGCCGAAGUCACCCCUGUUGCGCUUCGUCCCUUCCUCACCACCUGGGUCAAUGGAUGCUGGGUUGUCGGUCAGCUCAUCGCCUCUGGUAUCCUCCGUGCCACCGUCAACCGCACUGACCACUGGGCUUACAAGAUUCCUUACGCCAUCCAGUGGGUCUGGCCUGUCCCCAUCUUCAUUGGAUGCUGGUUCGCUCCCGAGUCGCCCUGGUGGCUCGUUCGACAGAACCGCCUCGAGGAUGCCAAGCACUCUCUUCGCCGCCUUGCUGCCAACGACCGGGAGUUCAGCGACCACGAGGCCGACCAGACUGUUCAGAUGAUGAUCCACACCAAUGAGCUCGAGAAGGCUGCUGCCGAGGGUGGAAGCUACUGGGACUGCUUCAAGCGCACCGACCGUCGCCGUACCGAGAUUGCCUGCGUUGUCUGGCUCAUCCAGGUCUUCUGCGGUGGUCCUCUCAUGGGUCUUUCCUCGUACUUCUACACCAAAGCCGGUCUUCCCACCGACCAGGCUUUCAACUUGUCCAUUGGCCAGUUCGCUAUGGGUCUCGUCGGUACACUUAGCUCCUGGUUCCUCCUCCGCAAGAUCGGUCGUCGCCCUCUCUACCUCUACGGUCAGAUGGCCCUUUUCGUCCUCAUGAUCGUCACCGGUGGUCUCGCGUUCAAGGCCGACAACAAGAGUGUCUCGUGGGCGAUCGGAUCCAUGCUUCUCAUCUUCACCUUCAUCUACGACUUGACCGUUGGUCCCGUCUGCUACUGUCUCGUUGCCGAGAUCUCAUCGACGCGUCUGCGUGCCAAGACCAUCGUGCUUGCCCGAAACGCCUACAACAUCGGUGGUAUCAUUGCCAACAUUCUUUCGCCUCGCAUGCUCAACUCGACCGAGUGGAACUGGGGUGCCAAGGCUGGUUUCUUCUGGGCCGGCACCGGUCUCAUCUGCAUUAUCUGGACCUUCUUCCGUCUGCCCGAGACCAUGGACCGAUCGUACGGUGCUCUCGACAUUCUCUUCGAGCAGAAGGUGUCGGCUCGCAAGUUCGCCACCACUGAGGUCGACAUGUUUGCCUCGCACUCCCAGGCCCGCAACGCUGCGGACGGCACCAACUCGCUCAACGAAAAGGACAGCUCCACCGACAAGGUCGACGGUGUUGUUACCAACACUUCCCUCGCUUACAAGUACGAGGCCUGA